AUGUUCACUCCACCCACCAACACAUUCCCUCAGCCUGGCCUUGAGUGGAGCUACGAAGACGAACUCUUCGGCCCUGAGCCAACCUGGACUGUAGAGCCCGAUGUUGAGGUCAUUCGUAAGAUUUUUCAGCGCGAAUUCAACAUUCCUGAAGAUUCGCAGUGCGACGUUGAGUUCCUUGCCGAGGGCUCCCUCAACAAGGUCUACAAAGUGCAAUGCAGCAAUAGCAACGCUUACAUCAUGCGUGUCACUCUCCCGGUCCACCCACGCUUCAAGACUCAGUGUGAAGUGGCAACAAUCGACUUCGUCAGCCAACACACCGACCUUCCGAUUGCCAAGGUGCUCAAGCACGAUGCGAGCUUUGACAAUGAACUCGGCUUCGAAUGGAUGAUUCAGGAAUUUGUACCUGGCGAGUCCAUGGAGAAGGCCUGGCAGAAGACUAGCAUAGAGCAGAAGGAGGUUUUGGUACGCAAGAUCGUCGCCUAUCUGGCCCGCCUGUUCGAGCAGCGUUUCGAUCGCAUUGGCGGCUUGUACCAGACGGAUCCUUCCAAACUGCCUCCGCUUCUGGAAUGGAACCCUGCAAUGAUGCCACUGCUCGUUGCCCCUGCCGCCGACCCCUUUUACGAUCUCGGCGAAGUCGUCUCGCUGUCACUCUUCAUCAGCGACCAUCUUUCACACACCAGCUCGCGCGGCCCAUACACUUCCAGCCGCUCAUGGCUCACCACACGCAUCCAGCUGUACAUCGAAGAUGCGCUCAAAGUCCUAACCGACAUCACUCUCGACGCAGACGACUACGACCGCAAAGCGGCUUCCGCCGUCAUGAACAUGGGCAUGCGCCUGCUGAUGCUUCUCCCUAAGGUCUUCCCGUCCGAGGACGAAGAUUCCUUCAUCAUCCACAACUCCGACCUCGACAUCCAGAACAUCCUCGUCGACACCGAUGGGCAUCUCACCGGCGUCAUUGACUGGGAGAACAUCCAUACCUCCCCGCUCUGGUACGCGUGCCAGCUUCCCAAGUUCCUCUGCGGACAGACACUACAUGACGCCCCUGUUCAGGCGGACUUUAUGAUCCAGGGCGAUGGCGACGAGAAUGAGUUGGUUCUCGACGACAUGUACUGGUAUCGUCUGCGCCAGCAUGAUCAGACGAAGCUGCGCAAGGUCUUCUUCGAGGAGAUGGAGCGGGUUUGUCCUGAGUGGGUUCGUGUCUUUGAGGGGAGCACGAAACAGGCGGAUUUCGAGCUGGCUGUCAAUAACAUUGAUAAUGAGCUUUGCUGCAGUAUUAUUCUUACUUGGAUCGAGGGCAUGAUGGAGGAUGAGGAGCCGACUAGCCUGCGAGACAUCUUUAGGCGCUAG